UCAGUAGUGGUGAAUUUGUCUACAGAACAUUUGGAUGCAAAAAUAAUAAAGACCAAAGACAGAAGAGGGACUGACACUAAACCGGAGCAGCGAUGCGAUUGGUCAGCGUGGCGGGGGCGCGGCUCCGCAGGGCUGCCGAGGAGGAGGAGAAGGAGCCGCCACCGCCCCCACCCCCCUCGCACCACUCCAACCACCAGUUUGCUAGCAUGAAGAACAAGUUCUUCAAUGAGCUCACGCACCUGCCAAAUCAUAAACUCAAGAUGCCCAUGUGGGCCGUGGGAGCCAUCGUGGUCGUGGUCCUGGCCCUCGUCGCCUGCCUAGGAUUCUGCAUCUACAGGAAGUGCUUCAACAAGGGAAAGAAGCCCAAGAAGGUCCGCGAGCGGAAGGGAGGACGAGGGCGCAGAAAGAAGGACAAGGAUGGAGAGGAUGGAGAUGACAAGAAGGACGGAGAGAAUGGGGAGAAAGAGGAAGAGAAGGAGUUCUAUGGCAAACUGGAGUACUCACUGGACUACAACUUUAUUAAUUUGUAGCUGAUAGUGGGCAUCCUUCAGGCUCAGGACCUCCCAGCUAUGGACAUGGGCGGGACCUCAGACCCUUACGUCAAAGUCUACAUGCUGCCAGACAAGAAGAAGAAGUUUGAGACCAAAGUUCAGCGCAAGAACCUCUCUCCAGUCUUCAACGAGACCUUCACUUUCAAGAUUCCCUAUAGUGAGCUUGGUGGUCAGACUCUGGUGCUGCAGGUUUUCGACUUUGACCGUUUUGGUAAACAUGACGUCAUCGGCGAGAUCAAGAUCGCCAUGAACAGCAUAGACCUCGGACAGCCGAUACAGGAAUGGAAAGAUCUGGUUGGAGGAGAGAAAGAGGAGCAAGAGAAGCUGGGUGAUAUCUGCAUUUCCCUUCGUUACGUCCCCACGGCCGGUAAGCUAACAGUGAACAUCAUGGAGGCCAAGAACCUGAAGAAGAUGGACGUCGGAGGACUGUCAGAUCCCUUUGUUAAAGUCGUGCUGCAGCACAACGGGAAGCGACUGAAGAAGAAGAAGACGUCAGUCAAGCAAAACACUCUGAAUCCUUACUUCAAUGAGAGCUUCAGCUUCGAGAUCCCUUUCUCUCAGAUCCAGAAAAUCCAGGUGCUGAUCACUGUGUACGACUACGACAAGCUAGGCAGCAACGACCCCAUCGGCAAGUGCUGGAUCGGCUACGGCGCCUCAGGUGUUGGGCUGCGCCACUGGUCAGACAUGCUGGCCAAUCCCAGGCGUCCUGUGGCCCAGUGGCACACGCUGCUGCCUGAGGAGGAGGUGGAUGCUGCUCUGAAGGCCCCUAUUCGUUAAACACACUCUCACAGACACACAUGUAUACAGCAUCAUCUGCACAGUUGGGGGUUUUCUUUCUUUUGAAACCAAACAAUCGUAGGUUUUAUAGAAUGACCUGUAACUUGAAUAGUAUGUUUAACGCCAGCAUUCAUUUUGUAAUGUUAUAUUUUGGGAUCUCUUUGUAUAACUACAUGUGUGCUUUAUAUUGUAUUGAAUACACCCUAUAGAAAUACAUACAAAUAAGUAAUGUGCACUUUCAACACACUCACAUUCAUACAAACACAAGACAGCUGAAUGCAUAUGUUUGUGCACUGGCUCAUGUAUACUCGAACUGCACUCGACUCACAAUUAAAGGGGUACUCCAGCAAUUUCCUAAAGUUGACAGACUAACGAGAGUCAAAUGAAAAAAAAAAAAAAGAAUUGUUUAAAUCAGUGCAGCAGACAUAUAGUCCCAAAAAUCCUGGCUCCUGCACUUCCCAUAAUGCAGCUUGAUAGUCUU